UCCAUAAUUGGUGGAAUCAACUGGUUUUUUUCGUGGUAUAAAAAAAUAAGAAGAGAACGAGGUUAAGCGCCGAUGAUGUAAGAAGUUAAUGACGUGUCUCUACUUUUGGGUUUGAGUAAGAAGCAUAAGGAAGAUUAUUGUAGAAGACUCUGCCUCUGCAAAUCAUUAUUCUAUAUUGUGUCCAAAUAAGUCUGCAUUCGAAAAUUGGUUCACAAGAUAUCUUAGGGAAAGACAAGGAGAUUCUCCAGAGAACCCGAAUCUCGCUCGAAUUUAAGUUGACAUUGACUACCUUCCAAUCGACUACCGUGCGAGACACUUAUUCAAGUUGGGCGUCAGAAGGCGUAGGUCUUGAUUUGGAUCUGGAUCGGUUUUAUUUCUCCAAUAGCCCGGGGCUAUCGAUCGAUCGAGACGGACCUCGCGAUUCGGCUGGCCCACCUAUUUUUUUUUUUCCAUUAUGAAAGUGCUCCACUUCAGUUUGCCAGUAACGUUAGACGUGACGCAACGUUCAACGUAGAUCAGGAUACACCGACUGGAAAGUUUCACGACGUACCGGUACCGAUGAAUUCUUUCUUUUUUUCUUUCACACGGAAUUUGGAGAAAUUUCGAAAAUCGAUUCGCAACUGGUACAAUUAAAUUUCAAUCAACGUCGUUCUCGACGUAGUAUAAGGAAUUCCUGAGGAUAAAUCCAAGGCAAAUUUGUAUGGACACAAUGGCGAGAAGAAUGAAGAAAAAAGAAAAGAAAGAAAAAGGAAUUUAAUUUCGAUUGACCUGUUGUUGAGAUUUUUAGUUUAAGUUUAUUAUUAAAAUUUUGAUUAAAUUAAAAAAUAAUAAUCGAGGAAAGUGGAGGAACAGCGUGAACAGGAUAUGGAAAUAAUGCAUGACAAACAGCUAAAGAAGAAUGAAAGUUCCAUAAAGAAUUUUAAUUUGUGUCCGGAAUUCGAAUAAUUUAAAUACGUUCACUGUAAUUGUUUCAAAUAUCUAUUCUAUUACUGCUAAUUUUACAAGGAGAAUUAAGAACCAGCAGAACGAACGUCCGCCCUUGGGCAAAUUCGUUUCAUCAUUGAGAUUCUAUUCCAUUCUAUUAGUCUAUGUAACAUUCGGAUUGAAAAUGUUAAACGAGUGUGAAUGUAUGUGUGUUCUCGCGGACCAAGUUCAAGUGCGGUAACGUUGAUACGAUCUGUUAGCAAAGUUUGAAAGCCCGGCAAAACCCGAGCAAUUUGGUGGGGGAGAUCGGUGGUAACAGCUCGAUCGGUGGUAUAUAAAGCAGUCCGAAUAAACGUUGGACAUCAUCAGUCGCUCAGUCGAUCCAAACCAACCUAAUCAUUCCAACAAUGGUCUCCAAGUUCAUCGCCUUCGCCGCGUUCGUGGCCGCCGCCAACGCCGGAAUCCUGCGGGAAGCCCCUUUGACCUACGCACCCGCUGCACACUUAUCCUACGCUCAUGCCGCCCCAUUGGCUUACUCUGCGCCAGUUGCUGUAGCUCCCGUGGCCAAGACGUUAGUCGCGGCUCCAGUGGCUAAGGCCGUGGUUGCCAAGACUGUGGACGCUGACUACGACCCUCAUCCCCAAUACAGCUACGCCUACGACGUGCACGAUAGCCUGACCGGUGACGCCAAGAGCCAACAGGAGAGCCGUGACGGAGACGUAGUCCAGGGUAGCUACUCUCUCGUCGAACCCGACGGCACCAAGCGCACCGUCGACUACACCGCUGACCCAGUCAACGGAUUCAACGCGGUAGUCCGCAAGGAGCCAGCAGCCGUUGCCGUGAAAGCCGUCGCCCAUGCCGCACCCUUGACCUAUGCCGCUUCUGCGCCAGUUCUUGCCGCUCCAGUCGCCAAAUAUGCCGCCCCCAUCGCACACGCUCCAGCAGUAUACGCCGCCAAAGUAGCCGCACCGUACACCGUUGCCCAUGCCGCACCGUACACCGUUGCCCAUGCCGCACCGUACACCGUUGCCCAUGCCGCCCCAUACGCCGUGGCCCAUGCCGCCCCAUACGCCGUGGCUCACGCAGCACCCAUCGGCUAUUCAGCCCACCCCGUCUCGUACGCCAAGUACGCCGCUGCCCCGGCCCUGACCUACGCUCAACCUCACUAUUUGUAAACGUACCUACGUCUUAAACCCCGCAACCACGGACUCAGGCUGAACUUUUUAUUUAUUUUUUUAGCAGACUUGUUUGUGAUCGAUUAAACUCGUUACAAAUGUACCCAUACAUCUUUAUUUAUUUAUUUGUUUAUUUUAAUACUGGAUCUUGUAAAACUAGCGACACUGUCUGACGAAGACAAAGGAGAUAUAGCCUUGGGUAACCUUGGACAUAGGGUAGAGUUUCAAUUUAACACCGCUCGUUGGUUAAGGCGUUUCUAAGAAUCAUCAAAAGUAGCUUUCACUACUUUCGUACUCGUUCUCGCAAUCUGAACAAUGCCGAAUUUCCGCUUUGUUGUCUACCGUUGCGCAUAAAGGAAGGUUACCUUCUUCUGCGAAAACCUUGGAAGUACUAGUUCAGUAAUUAGUAGUAAUGUUCAGGUUGCUCUAGAAAUUAGUAUUCUCUUAAGAAACGGACAUUGUUUCUUCAAACAGGUCCAAGUAAAUUGCAAUUAUUAUGGAUGAAAGGAGAAGUUGACGGUUUCGUAAGCAUGUAAGCGAGGAAAUCGAUCACAAAAUUCGUUUUAAUUAUAAGCACCGAGUCCGUCACCGGUGGAGAAAGGCGUCCAAAUUCCAGGCUCCAAUUUAAAUCAUUUCGUAAUUCAGGGGAAUUAGAACGAUACAGUUUUUCGAAACUUAGUUGUCUUAUGACACUGUUGUGUCAGACUU